AUGUCCCUAGCUGGAAUUUGGUCUGCGAACUUCCAUCAAUUGAGAAACAGUUUUGGAAGUUGCUGCGGUCACAAGCUCUUCAGAUUCCAAACAAUUGUGGUGUCCGAGAAAUCAUUUGGCAGUAGGAGAGGUAGAUGGCAACCUAUGAACACAAAGGUAGGAGGAAGAAAGCAGAACCCAGAUGCCGGCAAGCCCUGUGAUAUUGAUCUCAAGCAUUUGGAUGCAUCUGUUGGAUCGUCGACAGUAAGUAUCAAGGAAUCAGGAUAUGAAUUUCAGAAUGUUCAGUACUACAACAUCCAGCGAAGGAUUAUUGAUGGUAAAGUAACUGAGUGGCCUGCAGUAGUGCUGGUUUUCGACAUUGAGACCACAGGGUUUAGUCGUAAAAGUGAGAGAAUUAUUGAGAUCGCCAUAAGGGAUCUCCUCGGAGGAAGGAACAGUACUUUUCAGACCCUAGUCAACCCUGAAAAAGUCGUACUGAAUUCAAAUAUCCAUGGAAUUACCUCACGGAUGGUCAGCAGACCCGAUGUACCAAGGUAUCCGUUUCCCAACACCUAAAAUCGUUUUUUUUUUAAUUUUAUAUCAUUAAUCGCACCAUGUAAUGCACCUAUGCUUUUCUUUCAUCUGAUUUCUGGGCUUGAAUGCUUAUUAAAAAUUUGCAAAAACCGAUGGGCUUUCCCAAAGUCAACUCUAGAGGUUUUCGUCACCCACAUAGAGGAAAAAAAAUAAAAAUCAAGCAACUAUUCCUUCUGAGUGGUGAAUGCAAUUACUAUCUCUCUUUCUGUUUAGCUUGGUGUGACUACACAUUGAUAGAUUGUAGACAGCAAACUAGCUCAACGGCGUGCAAAGAUAUUCUCUUACCAGGUAUCUCAUAGUUCAGGAAAUUCUUAGCAGUAUGAAGCCGGAAAUCUCAGAGCUGUGUGGAUGUUGAAAUGUGAACUGCCCUCCUUCAGAAGAACAUACUUCACUGCCUAUAUGUGAUCGUGAAGGGAGAAGGAAAAAAGAAAGACUCGGAAUUUUUUUUUCUAUAUUCAUGAUGAUCAAUUUAAUCAUAAAAAAAUGUAAAAUAUAGUCCAGAUCGGAUGAUCUUGAUUGCCUUUUGCCGUUUUCUCCCCUUAAUUUGCCUUCUUGAAAUGCCUGUUGCGGGGACUUAAAUGUUCUUUGGGCUCCUCUGGUAAAUAUUAGUUGGAUUCCUUGCCAAAAAAACCGCGGUAUAACGAUGGAUGAUAGAAACAGAAAUGCGGUCUAAAUGAGCGUGCUAAAGUUAGGGCGUUAGUGUGAGAUGUGUGCGAGUUGCCAGGUUGAGCAAAGCAAAUUAGAGGCAAGCUAAUAGGAUUGGUGAGGGUAAGUCUACGACUAAAAAUAUGUUUGGAACAUGCAGGGAGUUGAACUGGUAAAUACCAAGAAACUAGUAGAUAACUAGACCAUACCCCAGUAAAUAAUUCGAUUAUCUAUGAGAUAACUAGAAUAAUAAAUACAUUCUUACAAACCUGAAGAAGCUCCUUCUGAUUAGCCUAUGUGAUCGACUCAUGCUGGUCAGUCAAUGCUAUCAUUCUUAGACAAACAGACGGAAUGUAACCAUGUGAACCAUACUUACCAUGAACUGCAGCUGUGGAGCUCUGUGGGCUAAACGAUUUGCCUAAGCAUACGCAGAUUUCAGUUUCUUAGAUAUUUAAUGUAGUAUUGUAUUCUCAUGCCAUUUUUUUUCAUUUUGGAAUGUAAAUGCAAUUUAUCUAUGAGGGUCAUUUAGAUCACUUGUCACCUUCCAGAUUUUGGAUCGGUAGAAGGAUUCGGUGCAGGAUUGAAAAAAUUAGGAUGAAGAUACCCUUCUCUCCAGUGAAGAAAGUAGGAUUGAAGCAUUGAAUCAUAUGUACGUGGACUGGUAUUGGAAGUGCGCGUAGGUUGGACUGUAGGGCAUUCCAUCUGUUGGUAUGCUCCAGUGGCGAUCUUCAUGCCUUCCCAGCUCCUCGCGACUGAUGGCAGCUUCUUUUACCUACUGGAAGGAUGUUUCGGACUGAUUUCAGCUUAUUGAUGAAACCGUGAAGCAGACGGCUAAAAUUUUGUCAAACUGAGCAUUGACUUACCUCAGAGGAGAUUGCAGGGGGCGGAGAGCGGACGGGCCAGUGGGCAGGGGUUGACUCUCUUCUCUGGUUUAAUCGUAGGCAGAGAUUGAAGAAAUAAUAUAGACGAGUGGAUGGAGGAAGGAUAGAUAUCAGUAUAUCUAUUCGAUGGGACGGGGACGGGGACCUUCGUACAACUCAAUUGCUUGUUCGUGUUUCUCUUGGCAUCCCGGAAGCCCGCGAUCUGAUCUCUUGAAUUCUAACAUCGUCCCAUAUUCGUCCUUCACGGGGCAUGGCCAUCUGAAAUCGCUGCUUAUUCCGCAGGAUGGGAGACCUCAUCCCCCUGUUGAUCCAAUAUGUGCGGAGCCGUCAAAUCUCCGGGAAGCCCGUCCUCUGGGUCGCUCACAAUGGCCGCCGCUUCGACGUGCCCUUCAUCAUCAGCGAGUUCCAGCGAUGCUCCGUGGAUGUUCCUCCGGACUGGCUCUUCGUCGACACCCUCCCUCUCGCCCGCCAGCUUGUGAAGCCCGACGGUCCGCCUCCCCGUCGUCUCGCCCUGAUCUGAUACGCCUCCUCCCUUCCGUUUUUUUCUCCUCACGGCCUCCUCCCUUCCCCGCCUUCCUCGCAGGAUCGAAGCUCCCGUCCUUCUCCCUGAACGCGCUGAGGGAACACUACGAGAUCCCGCUGGAAGGCCGCGCCCACAGGGCGAUGCAGGACGUCAUGACCCUGUCGCUGGUGCUGCAGAGGAUGUCGUUCGAGCUGAAGAUCUCGGUCUCGGAGCUCAUGCGGGAGGCCUUCCGGGCCUCCGACGUCGCCGUGGCCAAGGGGAUUCCGCCGCCGCCGCCCUCCGUCUAA